CCGCUGGUUGGAGAUUUUCGACGACUUCCUUGACAAAAUAUAUUCAAAUAACAACUUUGAUGGCAUUUAUAUUACCGGGGACGAUAGCAGCUCACAUUUGUUCAAAUCACUAGUGGACGACUAUUUCCUUACCCAAGUAAAUAAUCAACCUACUCGCGGCAAUAACAUUCUGGACCUGUUAUUUGCAGAUUCCCCGGAGAAAAUAUCUAAUUUGCUUGUUGGUGACCCACUUAUUUAUACUGACCAUCUCUUUAUGGAAUUCACUAUGCGCACGACUAUUCGGAGUAUAGUCAAGAAACCUAGAUCGGUUUAUAAUUAUAGGAAAGGAAAUUUUUCCACUCUCAGAGAGUAUGUCAAGUCUCUCACAUCUGAUGUACAAUUAAAUGAAAUCGUUGACAUUAAUAAUGUUUGGUAUAAUUGGAAAUCAUCUUUGCAAUCCAUGAUCGACCAAUAUAUCCCUAAAAUUCAAUUAAAGAGUAAAAGUUCUCCACCUUGGAUAUCAGGCGAAAUUAUUCACUUGGUAAGGAAAAAAGCUAGUGCAAGAAUCAAGGCUAAAUCUACGCAACUAUCGAUUCACUGGGAGAGAUUUAAAGAACUAAGAUCCCGUAUCAAAAAGCUCAUUUCUCGAAAGCGUAAAGAAUAUUAUACUUCGUUGGUUGAGUCUUUAUACUCGAACCCGAAAAGGUUUUGGACUACCUUUAGCCAGAAAACAAAGAAACACACCGUCCCAGAGAAAGUUUCUAUCGCUGACGGAGCAGGUGGUCGUAAAUUCACCGAGGGUCCAAACCUAGUUGCUGAUACGUUUAAUCGGUUUUUCUUUUCGUCCUACUCAACUCCUGAAGUUGGUAAUCCACAGGUUCACUCCAACGACCAACAUUAUCACCCCUCCAGCCCAAUUCCAUCCCUGUCACAGAUAUCUCUGGAUUCUGUAGACGUUUUAGCAGCAAUAAAGACCAUAGACAGCAGUAAAGCUCAAGGGCCGGAUAAGAUUCCAGCAAAGAUUUUAGUGGAGUGUGCUGAACAAAUUUCCCCAUCUCUAACAGAUUUAUUUAAUUUAUCCUUGCAAUCGGGCACUCUGCCAACGGAAUGGAAACUAGCUAACAUCGUGCCUUUAUUAAAGAAAGCCCCCGCUGAAAAAGUGGAAAAUUAUAGGGCUAUUUCCCUGCUUUCCCUGGUGUCGAAGUUGCUUAAAAGGUGUAUUCUCAACAAGAUCAUUGAUCACAUAGCCAGUAAUCUGUCCAACCUUCAAUUCGGCUUCCUCAAAGGUAGAUCAACAACGUCUCAACUACUCUCAGUUUAUCAUAAAAUUCAAGAAGCUAUGGAUGCCGGCAUACAAACUGACAUGGUAUUCCUAGAUUUUUCCAAGGCCUUCGACUUUGUGAACCAUCAUAAACUUAUAUUCAAGCUUAAACUAUUCGGUAUAACUGGUAAACUACAUGAAUGGUUAAAGGACUAUCUCUCGAAUCGUUCCCAGCAGACCACAGUAUUAGGGGCUACCUCAAUGCCCUUACCUGUCCUAUCUGGAGUACCCCAGGGUUCUGUAUUGGGUCCCAUACUAUUUCUGAUUUACAUCAAUGAUAUUGUUGAAGUGGUCCAUCGGGACUCUGGGAUGGCGUUGUAUUCUGAUGAUAGUAAAUGUUUCAAAGUCAUAAAAUCGUUAAACGACUCGCUCCUUUUACAAUCUGACUUAGACAAUCUGUCAUCUUGGUCUAAGUCAUGGAACAUGGACUUUAACGAGACAAAGUGUGCCAUAGUGUCAUUCACCAGAAAGCACCAUCCAAUUAUUCAAUCAUAUUCACUUAAUGGAUCCGAGCUACGAAAAGUCAACGAACAGAAGGAUCUCGGAAUCCUGACAACCAGCUCUAUGGAAUGGUCAAGUCACGUGGCUACUGUAUGCUCUAAGGCAAACCGUACACUUGGGUACAUUCGCCGUUGUUCUGCGGAAAUUGGUAGCUUAAACGCGCGUCGCACUCUUUACACCAGUCUGGUAAGAUCCCUGUUUUCGUACAGAUCCCAAUUGUGGGCUCCUCAGAAAAUCAAAUACAUAAACAUGAUGGAAAGGGUACAAAGGCGUGCUACAAAAUUUUUACUGAAACUACCGUUUCGCACAAAGGUUUCAUACCAAAAACGGCUGUUAAAGCUCGGCCUUUUACCACUUACUUACUGGCUAGAAAUUCUUGACUUGGUUUUUUACUUUCGUACAUUAAAGGGAGAAAUUUUUCUCGACAAUAAUGGCUUGGUCCAAAUUAAACAACAAAUUCGUAUUUCGCGUCAUAAUAACCCUCAGUCAGGUGUUCUCGUCGAGAUACCUCGUGCUAAAACAAUAUCAUUCCAGAACAGUUUUUCUGUCCGCACAAGGAAUAUGGAACAGUUUAACACCAGUUGA